AUGGCCACACCUCAGUGGCUUUCAGAGUUGCAGCAGCUUCGAGAGUUGCCGCCCUCCCAUGUGGCCCACCUGCCUCGGGAAUCUCCUGCCGGAGUGCUUUUCCUGCAGCCCACGUGUGACCACGUGACUCUCCUCUGCCUCUGGGCUGAAAAGCCUCGAUACCUCGAAGGAAAGGGCCCUCUGAGCGCUCAUUGGCACCGCGAAGGGUACGUGCCGGGUGCAUGGUAUGCUCCUGCUGCUAGUUUCUUGUCACAGGGGAAAUGGAACAUGGGGGAGCUCAAAUCAGACUGCCUAUUCUCCAAGGCUAAAGUUCUCCGACUGCUUGCCAAUACUUACUUGGAUUGGGACUGGCCACGGUAUCAAGACGAGGCCCUUAAAACUGUAAACUUGGCUAAUGAGGAACAGUUACAUCCGGCUGGAUUGCACUUAAAGAUCAGAAUCCUUUUGAGAAGGGAAGCAUCAGAUGAAGAACUCCGUGAAGCCACCAUGAAACUCCUGGAUCUCUCGGUGCCUUUCGAUUCCUUUUUGAGCACUGCUAAGUUGCUUCUGGAGCAUGGAAGAGAUUCUGUUGGCUUUGAUUUUCUGAAGACUGUCUGUGACCGCUUUGAGUCGUCAGCAGAUGUUGGAAAAGGCUUUCUGCUCCACAUUGAGCUCCUCUUACAAAGGAAGGAGGAUCAGCUGGCCGAGAAGAAGGUCGAAGACGUCCUUGCAGCUCAUCAUGCAGGAAAAGAGCUGCCCCCACAAAUCCUAAGCUGGCUGCACAACCUCCUUUGGGUCCGAGCUGCCCAAAAUUUUGAGGCGCAGAGUUACUCCGAGGCUUUGCAGUGGUAUAACUAUUCCCUGAAUUUCUAUCCAUCUGGGCAGAUGGAUGCAAACUUUGCCAAACUGCAGAGGAAUCGUGCUUCCUGCUACAUUCAUCUGAAGCAGCUGGAAAAGGCCAAUGCAGCUGUAAAAGAAGCUGAGAGAUUUGAUGCUGCCAACAUUUUCACCCAGUUCAUCAUAUUCAAGAUUGCCAUCUUGAUGGGCAACACUGAGGAAGCACUGACAGCAGUUGAUGCUCUAGAGAAGUCUGGGGGAAAUUCAGCUGCACAAGAGAAAGAGAUGACUAAAGAAGAAAAUUCAACUGCUGCUUUUCUCACGUCUGCAGCCCAGUUUGCUUUAGAGAAUGGGCAACAAGAUGUGGCUAGAAGAGCUCUGGAGUACCUGUCUCAACGCUCACAAGACUUGCAACAGGGCCUUACUGCUUUGAAGUGUUUGAUUCGUCUAACUGUGCCCCGAAUCUCUCAAACAACUGAACCUGAAGAAAACAGAAAGGAAGAAAAAAGUAGAGUUUGGUCUUGGCUGAAGACAGCCCACCAGAGACUUGCUGAGCCCGUAGCAAAAGAGAAACUGACUUUGGAUGUGUGGACUAAUGAAGCCCAUUGGUUUCGAAAAAUAGCCUGGAACUUGGCCAUGCAAAAUGAAAAGUGCCCAGGAACCAUGCGAGACUUCUUCCUGCUUUCCUAUGAGCUAUCCCAGUUAUGUCCCUCUGAGAAAACAGUUCUGAUUUCCCAGAAGGCGUGCUUGCUGUUGGUGGCUGCUGCUGAUUUAGAACUUGGGAGAAACGCUCCAGAAGCUUCCCAGCAGACUGAGCUGCUGACUCGUGCACUUGAGCAUAUACAAGCGUGCAAGGAAAUCUCAAAUGUCCUGAAAUUAGCAGGGGACGGCUCCAAGGAUCCAAUUGAGAAUUUGCUUCUCCUUUAUGAAAUUGAAGCUAGAGCCAAGCUGAAUGAUGCAGGCCUGACCAGCCUCCUGGAGUCCGUGUGGGAGCUGCCUCAAUUAGAGACUAAAAUACUAGAGACGAUCGCCUCUGUAGCAAUGGAGCACCCCGCCCACUAUCCGGACCUCGCAAAAAAGGCCUUGAAAAAGGCUCUCUCUCUCUACCUGCAAGGAGAGUCCGUCGAUGUGGGGACAUUCAGCAAAUGUCUGCACAGCUUCAUUAACCUUUCCAUGCCAGAAGGGGUGUUGAGUACAGAUGUAUGUUCCCUGCAAGACAUUUGGAGUGCCUUCGAAGAUGCCCUUCGUGUGAUCAGCCACUCAGAGGAAUACCCACAGGUGGAAAUUCUUUGGCUGAUGACCAAAGCCUGGAAUGCUGGAGUCUCUCAGUACAACAAGGGCAUGUAUGUGGCUGCUGAGAAGUGGUGCCAUCUGGGAAUUCGUUUUCUUGACCACCUUGGAUCCCUAAAGAAGUGCUAUGAAGGUCAGAUGACUAAAGUAUAUGGGCAAGUCCUAGCCAAGGUGGAGAGAGAGAAGAGUUUGCCUCCCAAUGAAGAAUAGGAGCUACCAGAACCUGCAAUGCACAGAUGUGCUCAGGAGCCCAGCGUCUAGGUCUGUUCUUGGAAGUAUUCGAGUUGUGGGGUUAGAUGGACUG